AUGCCGGUACCAAAUAUCAGCCAAGUAGUACCAGGCGCAGCCGUCUCCAUCGUCCUCAAAGCAGACCAACCCACCGGCCGUCAAGUCCAAGGCACAGUCCAAAAUGUCCUGACCAGCGGUAAUCACCCCCGAGGCAUCAAAGUGCGUCUAAGCGACGGUAGAGUCGGGCGCGUACAAAGAAUGCACACUGGCGAUAUACCCGCCCAAGAAGCAUCAACAAUACCCAGCUCUGUAUCAAGUUCUGGAUCAAGAAACACAAGACCGCCUAGGGAAAGAGAUAACCGUCGCUCCAAGUUCCAGUCGAGGGAUAUCAGGUUGGAUGAGGAUGGUGAGGCGCCGGCGGAGGAGAUUGAUCUGUUUGCGUAUGUCAAGCCGGCUAAGCAGAAGAAGAAGGGAGGAGCGAAGGUGCAAGAACCAGUGGAGGAAGAGGAACCAGUUGUGGAAGCUGCAACUACGGCUACUUGCCCUGUCUGUGGUAACUUUGAAGGAGACGAAACUGCUGUGGCUCAUCACGUCGAGUCGCAUUUCAGCUGA